AUGUCCGGUCCCGCAAUCCGUUUCGUGGCUUCCAAGUCCGCGAAGAACAGCUCAGGAACUCCUGGGGUUAGUGCGCAACGCGAAGGCAUCGCAGCGGUCUCUGACGAGCGCAUUGAGAUAUGCGUUGCCGCUCAGCCGAAAGACGGAGAGGCGAAUAGGGCGGUGAGGGAAGUCAUUGCUGGUGCGCUUCGAGUUGCGAAGUCUGAUGUUGAAGUUGUUAAAGGCAUGAAGAGUAGGGAGAAGACUGUAGUUGUGCAGACGGGCAUGAAAGGCACAGCUGAGGAGGAAGUCAAUCGCAUCAGAGCAGGCUUGGAAGGCAGAGAAUGA